CGGAAGUUUUAUCAUUUUCUGGUGGCGCCUUAAGCGGAAUUUCUGGAAAGCACAACGUGCAGGUUUCGGAGCUGCAGAAAGGAAAGUAAAAUCCUGGUCGUGUGUUCGGUGUGAACCCUGAACAACCCUGAACUUACAGCGCUGACCGCUACAGCCAUGCUGACCUGUGAAAUCUGUGGUGAGGAGAUGAUUCUGGCAGAGGACCUGCAGACACAUCUCCUCCUCAGCCACCUGGAAAAUGACAUGCACUGUCCACUCUGCUCCCUGUCUGGAGUGUCCUAUGAUGAACUCUGUUUCCACAUCAGCUCUGCACAUCCAGAGAAGCCGCACAGAGAGCUGGGUGCAGCUCACCUCACAUCCACUUCAGGCUGCUCAGCUGGACCAAACACUAGUGUAACUGAGAGCGAGAAGCUUCAAAUCUCUCACCCGUGCUCAGAUGGGGUUAGCAGUGAUAGAGCUGGUGAAGUGACACCCCCCAGUGUCUCUAGCGCCCACACAGACAUGGUGCAACCUAAACAGAAUAGUACACCUGAAAGUGGGUGUUCAUCACCUGGGGAAACAUGGAGCCCUGAAACCAGACAGGAGUCUGUCAGGCACUGUUAUAAACACGAUAAUGGAGUUAAAUCUGAGCACAGCAAAACCAAAGCGACCCAGCUGUCUUCACCAAGAAAAGAGAAGCUGUUCUCCUGCCCCAUGUGUUCACUGGUCUGCAGCAGCUGUUUCAUCCUGCAGGAGCAUGUUGAGUUGCAUCUGCAGGAACAGCACUCAGUUGCAGGGUCAGCACUGGAGGCGUCUUCACCAGCCAUGACAUCACCAUCAGCCAGCAGUCUCUCAGGAGAGAGGAGAAUGGAGUGUCCCAUAUGCUCUGUCGUCUGCAGAGAUGGCUUCUCUCUACAGGAACAUGUGGAACUGCAUUUAGACCACGGAGCAGCUGGGAACUGUGCAGGGAGUCCUGGCUCAGACCUGAAGCUGGCCAUGCAGCUGCAGCGAGAGGAGGAGCAGAGGAGGAGGCAGGAGGAGGCCCAGCAGGAGAGCGAGGAGUUCAAGAAACUGCAGAGGCAGUUUGGUCUGGAUGGCAGAGGGGGCUAUUGCAGACAGAUUGAGAAGACCAUGGAAAGAGCUGUGGCCAGAGGUCUCAUGGCCCCCGCAGAGUUCCACUGUAAGAGGGCUGAGAUGAUGGAAUCCCUGGCUUCAGGGGUUGAUGAUGGCAGAACUAGAACUCAGGGUGUGAUCAGAGCGUUGUAUGAAUACUACCAGACUGAAUGCAGAGACUGUGUUCAUGUGUGGCUGAGUGCUGACACUGACCACUACUGCUCCUCAGUGGGGGAUAAAGGCUGGGGCUGUGGAUACAGAAACUUCCAGAUGCUCAUCUCCUGUCUGCACAGAAUAGACACAUAUUCUCCUCUCCUACAAGAGAAGGAAGUGCCUAGUAUCCCUCAGGUGCAGAGUAUGAUUGAGGAGGCUUGGAAAGAGGGACUGGAUCCACAAGGUGCAUCCCACUUCAACCAGCGCUUGCAGGGAACACGAGCCUGGAUCGGAGCUACAGAGAUCUACACCCUCCUCACUUCUCUGGGAAUCAGUGCCCACAUCAUUGACUUCCACCAGCCAACGGGCUCUGGUAGCACCCACCCUCGGCUGUUUGACUGGGUGAAGCAGUACUUCUGUCAGUCCAGCAGGAACAACAGACUGCCCCCCAGACUCAUUCAGACCUCCCUGCCCCCACUUUACCUGCAGCACCAAGACUCUAUCCCAGAUCCUACAUGUGUGUUAUUGUGUUCCUAUGCAGGACAUAGCCGCUCUAUAGUUGGCUUGGAGCAGAAGAAGAAUGGGAGCCUGUGCCUCCUGGUUCUGGAUCCUGGUUCCAAAGCAUCAGACAUCAGGAAGCUGCUGAGUGGGGACACCAUCUCCGCAGCCGUCCGACACAUCAGGAAACUCCCCGGCAGCCUGAAGCACAAACAGUACCAGGUGGUGGCAGUACACGGCGUGUUGUCUGCUGAAGAGAAACAGAUUAGCAUCUUGAACUCAAGGACAUUGUGUGCUGAAAGGAUCCCAUGAACAGAAACACACUUCCUUAUCUCCUCUGUUUGUUUUUACUGUGAAUAUACAUUUCAUCUCUCUCUUCAAGCUCUUUAAUGUAGUUGUUUACUAAUUUGUAUAAAUUGCACUUUUUAAAUGUUAAAAAUAAACUUUUUGUUCGUA